AAUCAGGUAAGAUAAAGCUCACAAUUCAACAGUCAACAGUUGGCAACCAAAGUACCAGUUUAGUCAGCGCGAAAACUGAAUUUAAAGUUUAAUUACAAUGUUCGUCAAGAAAUUAUACAGUUUGAUUUUUAUCAAGAAGGGGAAUACAGUUCUUCUAGGGUAUAAAACUAGAGGUUUAGGGGUUGGCCUGUGGAAUGGUUUUGGUGGUAAAGUGGAACCUGGGGAGACUCUGCUCGAGGGUGCAUCCAGAGAGCUUAAGGAGGAGUGUAACCUGGAUGCAAAACUGAACCAUAUUGGUUGUGUAACUUACAUUAACAACAACAAAAACCAUGCUGAUGUUGUUCACAUUUUCAAGUCCUCCUCAUUUUUUGGAGAAAUUGUGGAGAGUGAGGAGAUGGCUCCAAUAAGAUGGUUCAGAGUGGACAACAUGCCUUAUGAGAAAAUGUGGCCAGAUACAUCAAAGUGGCUUCCACUGAUUCACAAUGAAGAUUACUUUGAUGUUACAUUUAAUGUUACUAAUGAAGAUAAUAGGUGCAUGCGUUUAACAUUGUAUAAUAAUUAUGAUGAAUUUGUGAAAACUGUAACUCUGUGAUCAUGAAUAAAAACUCU